AUGGACUCGCCCUACCCUCAACACCCCUCACUUCGUGUCUUCCCGCCCCUGGCGUCCCGCUUCGGCUCUUUCCGUCAGCGCUCGGCUGUUUUCCGGCCGCGCCGUGACGGGCGCUGCCUCGGCGCGGCUGCUGACUGUGCCCCACCCUAUUCGCUCCCCCCACUCCGGAUCCCCCUUUCCCACCCCCUCUCUCACCUCUUGCCCCCCCCCCCUUUCCCACCUCUCCCCUCCUCAAACCCCCUUCUCUCUUUUGCCCAUGGCCGUGGAGAGCCCCAGUGUCCCCCCCCGCCGCCGCCGCUUCCCCCCCAAGCCCUCACUCCAACCCCCCUUCUCCGUCCUGCCACCACCACGACAGCGGCAGCUGCAGCCUCCCCCGGCCGCCGCUCCAACACCAACCAACACCACCACCACGGCCCGGACGAAAGGGAGGAUGGAGAACUGGAGGAAGGGGAGCUGGAGGAUGAUGGAGGGGAGGAGGCUCAGGAUCCCUCCAGAUCUCACAGCAGGAGUCGGAAGGAGAAAGGGGAGAAGCAUCACAGCGACUCUGAUGACGAGAAAGCUCACAGGAGGAUGAAACGCAAGCGGAGGAAAGAGAGAGAGAAGGAGAAGAGGAGAUCCAAGAAGAAAAGGAAAUCCAAACACAAGCGCCACGCGUCUUCCAGCGACGACUUCUCUGACUACAGUGACGACUCAGACUUCAGCCCUGCAGAGAAGCAGCACAGGAAAUACAGGGAAUACAGCCCUCCCUACUCCUCUUCCCACCAGCAGUAUCCGUCCUCCCACAGCGCUCCCAUGCCAAAGAAGAGCUACUCCAAAAUGGACAGCAAGAGUUAUGGCAUGUAUGAGGACUAUGAGAACGAGGACUAUGUCCCCUAUGAGGGGGAGGAGGAUGAAGACAUGGGCAAGGAAGAUUAUGAUGACUUUGCCAAAGAGCUCAACCAAUACCGAAGAGCCAAGGAGGGAUCUCACAGGGGACGAGGGGGCCGUGGCAGAGGCCGUGGGUACCGAGGCCGAGGCGGCCGAGGCGGGAUGAGAGGCCGAGGAAUGGGCCGAGGCAACCGGGGCCGAGGCCGCAGCGACCACCCCGAGGAAGAGGAGGAGAUGUAUGAUGAAGAGAUGGAGUACUGUGAUAACGAGGAGCCCAUGGGUGACGAUGACUACGAUGAUUACUCCAAGGAGCUGAACCAGUAUCGCAGGAGCAAAGAGAAUCGUGGCAGGGGUCUAAACCGUGGCCGUGGUCGUGGCCCCAGAGGAAGAGGCAACAAGGGAAUGGGCCGAGGCCGGGGCCGAGGUGGGAACCGCAGCGGGAUGGGCAAAGGCGGCGCCAUCAACGACGACGACGACUACUACGACGAGGACAUGGGGGAUGGAGGAGGUGCUGGAAGCUACCGGCGGAACGACCACGACAAACCCCACCAGCAGUCUGAUAAGAAAGGGAAAGUGAUCUGCAAGUACUUUGUGGAAGGCAGAUGCACCUGGGGUGACCACUGCAACUUCAGCCACGACAUUGAGCUGCCAAAGAAACGGGAACUGUGCAAGUUCUACAUCACUGGUUACUGUGCCAGGGCUGAGAACUGCCCCUACAUGCACGGGGAUUUCCCUUGUAAGCUCUUCCACACCACGGGCAACUGCAUCAACGGGGAUGACUGCAUGUUCUCCCACGACCCACUCACUGAGGAGACAAGGGAGCUUCUGGAUAAGAUGCUGGCGGAUGACGCAGAAGCGGGAGCUGAGGACGAGAAAGAAGUGGAAGAGCUAAAGAAACAAGGCAUCAACCCUCUCCCUAAACCACCUCCUGGGGUUGGUUUGUUACCCACCCCUCCUCGCCCUCCUGGCCCACCAGCUCCAACAUCUCCCAACGGGAGGAUGAUGCCCGGGGGUCCUCCUCCACCUCCCCCUCCGCCGCUGCCGCCGCCGGGGCCGCAGAUGCCGCCGCCGAUGCACGAGCCUCUGUCACCUCAGCAGCUCCAGCAGCAGCAGGACAUGUACAAGAAGAUCCCUUCCCUCUUUGAGAUCGUUGUGAGGCCCACUGGGCAGCUGGCAGAGAAGCUGGGAGUGAGGCACCCAGGACCACCUCCCCCAAGGUUCCCUGGGCCAGGAGGACCCCCAGGACCAAUGUCUGGACCCAUGCACCCUGAUAUGCAUCCUGAUAUGCACCCUGAUAUGCACCCAGACAUGCACCCAGACAUGCACCCUGACAUGCACCCUGAUAUGCACCCAGACAUGCACCCAGACAUGCACCCUGACAUGCACCCAGACAUGCCAAUGGGCCCAGGGAUGAACCCCGGCCCCCCCAUGGGCCCUGGUCCCCCCAUGAUGCCCUAUGGCCCCGAUGACUCCCCCCACUCAGGCAUGAUGCCACCAGGCCCACCCUCACAAGGCUUCUAUGACAACUUCUACCAGCAGCAGGAAGGUCUGGAGAUGGAUCAUGGCAUGAUGGGAGACCCAGAUGAUUAUGGGGGGUAUGAGGACAUGGCAGGACCUCCAGGAGAGCACAUGUUCCCUGAUCCCUCCUUGGAUCACGAUGCUUUGUGUGAAGGAGGCCCCCAAGGCUUACCAAAGGCAGCAGGCAGCAUCCCUGACUUCAUGCCCUCAGCACAAAGAGCCCUUUACCUGAGAAUCCAGCAGAAGCAGCAGGAGGAAGAGGAGAGAGCUCGGAGGUUGGCCGAGAGCAACAAGCAGGAGCGGGAGAACGAGGAAGGCGACACCAGCAACUGGUACUCGAGCGACGAAGACGAAGGCGGCAGCAGCGUCACCUCCAUCCUCAAAACCCUGCGGCAGCAAAGCUCAGCCAGAUCCCACCCUCCAGCCUCCCACCUCGGGGGGGACAUGGGACCCUCCUCAUCCUCCUCUGUGAGCGACCCCCGGCUUCACAAGAGCCACGUGGGUGGCAGCAGCCGUCCUGCCGACCCCCGGCUGCGAGACCCCCGUUUGUCCCGCUCCUCCGACCCCGCCGGCGACUCCGCGCCCAGCGACCCGCGCUUGGCUCGCCUCGGUCCUUCCUCAACCCCUAAAGCAGAAGCUCCUCAUUCAGGAGGUGGCCACAAAGCCCUUUUGCUCCCUGAGGAAGAGGAAGGGGAAAGGGUUUUAAGGGAUAAACCCAUCAGCAUCCCUUUGGAUCCGCUGCCUGGACAUUCCCUGCGGGACCCUCGCUCGCAGCUGCAGCAGUUCAGCCACAUCAAGAAGGACGUUGUCCUCACCAAACCCAACUUCUCCCGGAUGAUCCUCUGGAGCCCUGAGGAUCUCAUCCCCCUCCCCAUCCCCAAGCAAGAGUUUAUCCCCCUCCCCCAAGCCCUACAAUCCCUCCCAACCCUCAACCCUCGACUCAACAGACCCCAAGCGACCCUUUCGGACCCCAGGCAAAGGGGGGCGCAGGUUUCUGGGGAUCCCCCUCCUUCAUCUUCAUCCUCCCUCCCCGACUUCGAGCUCCUCUCCAGGAUCUUAAAGACUGUGAACGCUGCUGGCGGCCCCUCACCCAACCCCAGCGACAAACCCAGCGACCCCCGCGUCAGGAAAGCUCCAGCAGACCCCCGCCUCCAGAAACCCCCCGAAACCUCCCUCCCCAGGCACCCCAAAACCUCGGAAGGGUCGUGUGGGAGCAGCGAGGGGUCUCAAGCCAUCGCCCCCUACGACCCCCGGCUGCUGACAGCAGGGGGGUUGAGCAAAGGGAGUGGGCAGAGCAGUGUGUUGAGUGCCAUCAGCUUGUACGACCCCAGGACUCCCAGCAAAGCUUCGGAGUGUCCGAGUGACGGCGCUUCUGCCAGCAGAGGGGGUGAGAGCGCCAAAGCAGCCACCGGCAAAGCCAAGGAGCCGCUUUUCACCCGUCGUUCAGCUUUGGAACAAGGCGAAGGAGAGAAAAACACGACAGAAACAACCACGGACAGGUACAACAGUUACAACCGGCCUCGUCCUAAAGCCAACCCCCCUCCUGGUAUCACCAGCAACUCCCUCCCGCUCACCACAACCACAGAAACCACCACAACCACCACCACCACCACCACAACAAGCAGCAACAACCCUCAGCCUGGUGUUCACAACCUACCUGUCCCUUCGGUCUAUGGGAUGGUAAAAGCCGGUGCUGCCAAAUCUGGUGCCGGGAGCCCCUUUGCUGGCAACAGCCCGGCCAGGGAAAGCGACCAGCAGGACGCUGCUUCCCUCAAAGAUGUCUUCAAGGGCUUUGAUCCCACAGCUUCUCCUUUCUGUCAGUGAAACCUGACAAGAGACAAGCCAAAAAGAACCCCCCUUCCCCUCCAGCCACGGCGCCCUCACCAGAAUAACCCCCUUCCCCUCCAGCCACGGCGCCCUCACCCGUUCCCCUCCUCCCUCCCUCCCCCAGGGGUCAGCUCGGGGUCGUUUGGGUUCCUUCAGCUUUGUUUUGGUUCUUCUUUAGCC